AUUCAAAUGUCAAAAAAUAAUUAAACAAAUUCAGAAACAAAAAUAAAAUAUUUUUGUUUUUAAAAAACAAGCGUACAACAAUUAAAGAACUUUUUUCAAAAUAAAUAUCCAAAAUUUAAAAUUUCAACAAAAUGAGAAAUUGUUUCAUUCCCGGAUGUGACAAAUUAUGUAGAAAUGAAGGAACAACAAAGCGAAAAAUGUUUGUCGUUCCAAAGGACAAAGAAACCCUCGAGGCUUGGUUAAAAGUUUUACCAAAAAACCGAGAACUCAAAGCCCAUGACAAAGUCUGUGAAAGGCAUUUCAAUGAAGACGACAUUAGUACAACUUUCGACAACAACAUAAAUGGCUUGAUCUAUAAAAUGGAACGUGGAAGACCUAAAUUGAAACCAAAAGCUGUUCCUUCUCGUAAUAUGGAAUGUUGUAAUGAGCGGACUCAAAAACGCAAACAAACCAUCAUCCUCAAUGAAAAAAACAAAAUCCGGGUUUUGGAAAUGAACGAAGAUAACACAGAAAUUCACCCUUCCGGGGAUCUUGAAGAGCAAGAGCUGGAAAUUGACGGCGAAAUCCAAGAUAUUACAGAAAUUGCUUUGAAAGACGACAAUGUCGGUUACGAAGUUACCGAAGAAACUUCGGAAGUAAAUGAAGUCCAAGUGCCAACAGAAGAACAAGUUCAGGAGCUCUUUGAGUCCCUCUACGAUGAUAUCUACGAAGUAGAAUUGCCCAACACUUUGUGGGGAGUCCAUCGAUGUCCAGAACAUAGUUCGAUAUUCUUUUCCUUUGUCGAUCCAAGUUUGCUGAGGACAACAAAGAUGAUCUCGAUUUCGUCCCAAGGUGAUAUCAAAAUCUUGCUGGGUAAUCGUUUGAUGAGCGAACAAAGUCUCAUGGCUGAAGUCACUACCCUCGAAUCGCUGACUAAUAUGAUCAACGAUAUUGAUCAAGUUUUGCUGUGUUCGAAAAUGUUUGAUAAUGGAUUUUGUGAAGUUUCACUCAAAGAUUCAUCGUCGGAAAUAUGUGAACCAUGUGCACAAUUUGGUCAUGAAUGAAAGGCGUUUAUUUUAUUUGUUUCUUUCUUAUUUUUAUUAAUUUAGUUUAAACAUAGGAUUUUUUUGUAUUAUAAGUUAACACAACAAAUAAACAAGCACAACUUAA